AUGAGCGUCCCCGCGCACGAGCGACGCCUCUGCGAGACAGAGAGGCGCCCGCAGGAGAACUUGCAAAAGCUGGAGGCCAUCACCCUGUCGGAGGAGCUGUCGGAAGAUACCGCGAGGAGCGUGACGCUGUGGCUGCUGGACGAUGAGAGCAUCGAGAGGCAGGAGAAGGAGGGCCUUGGCCAGACGCAAGUCGCCGACAUGUUCGCCACGCAGUUGGGCGGCGUCGACAUGAUCAUGAAGGCCAUGCUAAGCCCGCACGGCGCGAGGUCCUAUGUCGAAGCGGCCAUCCUGCUUUGGCUGGACGGCCGCGCCGGCGCCCCCAGGUUGCUGGGCUACGGCACCGAGCGCCCGAUGCUUCUGCUGGAGUCCCUGCCAGGCUGCAACUUCCUCCACCUGUUGCAGGACGAGGACGCCCCGCUCUCGCUCCACCUCCAGGUGGUCCACAGGGUCGCGCACUACCUCCAGGAGCUGCACGCCCUUGGCUUCGUCCACAAUGAUGUAGCCAUACCCAACGUGGUCGUCCAAGUCACCGACGACCAUCAGCUGCUGGACGUGCACCUGGUGGAGUUCACGGUGGCGUGCCUGAGCGGCCAGUCGUUGGCCAUGAACGUCGACCCCGGGGCGUUCCCGUGCGUGGCACCAGAGGUCGCUCGCGGCGGCGCCAGCACGCCCGCCGCCGACAUCUUCUCGUUCGGCAUGUUGCUCCGGGAGCUGAGCCAGUUCAAUGCCAGCCCUGAGGAGCUCCCGCCACAGGCGCUAGAGGCAGCGCGUCUGGCCACGCAGGAAGAGCCGCAAGCGCGGCCGAACCACGCCGCCCUUGAGGCGUUGCUCGGCGCGGCGGUGGCGUGCCAGGAGAGGAAGGAGAAGAGGAAGAGGGUGAAGGUCCACCACAGGCAGAACGAUGCGUCUUCUUCGGUGGAGAGUGUCGAUGAUGUUUUACAACUUGCGUUAUUCACUUACCAUCUUGGCUGGCUGGUCGAGUUAGGGCAAUUAGUACACGCGAGUAUUCGUUUGCCGAACUAUCAGACCCGUUGUAAGCGAAGGAAUUUUGACCCUUAUGUUGCAUACAAUGCCUGCCUCAUGGGCUUCGAAGCACUGAUGGAUAGCUUCGGAGUCUGA